AGCACUUUUUGGAAGCUGCCAAGCCGCGUCUCAGGCUGGCCAGGCUGAGCUAGGGAAGCGGGAGCGAGGACCGCUCAGGGCGGGCGCUCAGGCGGCAAGAGGCAGCUUGGCGCGGGCCUGACUUCCCCAGAGCGCCCCGCAGCGCCCGCGCAGGUCAGCUGUCCGGCCGCUAAUUCAGGGUCGUUCCCGGGGGCGCUGAGUGCUCUUGCCCGGUCCAGGCCCGUCGGCCAGCCUGCGGGCGGGCGGUGCGCCCUGGGCGCGCCAGGCGGUGAGGCCCGGGGAACCCGGUGCGCUGUGACGCGCGGGCCAGCAUGGCGAUGCAUGCUCUCACCGGCGUCUCGCUGGUCAGCCUGCUCAGCUUCGGUUACUUGUCUUGGGACUGGGCCAAGCCAGGCCUGGUGGCCGAUGGGCCGGGGGAAGCCGGGGAGCAGCCCUCAGCAGCUCCACCCAAGCCACCCCACAUCAUCUUCAUCCUCACCGACGAUCAGGGCUACCACGAUGUGGGCUACCAUGGCUCAGAUAUCGAUACCCCUACUCUGGACCGGCUGGCUGCUGAGGGGGUCAAGUUGGAGAAUUACUAUAUCCAGCCCAUCUGCACACCUUCCCGGAGCCAACUCCUCACCGGCAGGUAUCAGAUCCACACGGGACUCCAGCACUCCAUCAUCCGCCCACGGCAGCCCAACUGCCUGCCCCUGGACCAAGUGACGCUGCCCCAGAAGCUGCAGGAAGCAGGUUACUCCACCCACAUGGUGGGCAAGUGGCACCUGGGCUUCUACCGGAAGGAGUGCUUGCCGACCCGCCGGGGCUUCGACACCUUCCUGGGCUCGCUCACGGGCAACGUGGACUACUACACCUAUGACAACUGUGACGGCCCAGGCGUAUGUGGCUUCGACCUGCACGAGGACGAGAGCGUGGCCUGGGGACUCAGCGGUCAAUACUCCACGAUGCUCUACGCCCAGCGUGCCAGCCACAUCCUGGCCAGCCACGACCCCCGGAGGCCCCUCUUCCUCUACGUGGCCUUCCAGGCAGUCCACACGCCCCUGCAGUCCCCACGCGAGUACCUGUACCGCUACCGCAUGAUGGGUAAUGUGGCCCGGCGGAAGUAUGCGGCCAUGGUCACCUGCAUGGACGAGGCUGUGCGCAACAUCACCUGGGCCCUCAAGCGCUACGGUUUCUACGACAACAGUGUCAUCAUCUUCUCCAGUGAUAAUGGUGGCCAGACUUUCUCAGGGGGCAGCAACUGGCCUCUCCGGGGACGCAAGGGCACUUACUGGGAGGGGGGUGUGCGGGGCCUGGGCUUCGUCCACAGCCCCCUGCUCAAGCGAAAGCGACGGACAAGCCGGGCACUGGUGCACAUCACGGACUGGUACCCAACCCUGGUGAGUCUGGCAGGUGGCACUGCCUCGGCAGCCGAUGGGCUCGAUGGCUAUGAUGUGUGGCCAGCCAUCAGCGAGGGCCGAGCCUCACCACGCACAGAGAUCCUGCACAACAUCGACCCACUCUACAACCACGCCCGGCACGGCUCCCUGGAGGGGGGCUUUGGCAUCUGGAAUACGGCCGUGCAGGCCGCCAUCCGCGUGGGCGAGUGGAAGCUGCUGACGGGAGACCCCGGCUAUGGUGACUGGAUCCCCCCACAGAUGCUGGCGGCCUUCCCCGGCAGCUGGUGGAACCUGGAGCGGAUGGCCAGCGCCCGCCAGGCUGUGUGGCUCUUCAACAUCAGUGCUGACCCCUACGAGCGGGAGGACCUGGCUGGGCAGCGGCCCGAUGUGGUCCGUGCCCUGCUGGCCCGCCUGGCAGACUAUAACCGCACAGCCAUCCCCGUGCGCUACCCAGCUGAGAAUCCCCGGGCCCAUCCUGACUUUAAUGGGGGUGCCUGGGGGCCCUGGGCCAGUGAGGAGGAGGAAGAGGAGGAGGAGGAGGAGGAAGGCAGGGCUCGGAGCUUCUCCUGGGGUCGCCUCAAGAAAAAAUGCAAGAUUUGCAAACUGCGAUCCUUUUUCCGCAAACUCAACACCAGGCUGAUGUCCCACCGGAUCUGAUGUGGGGAAGAGGGUGUGUUUCUCAGUCCCCCUAGCUGUACUUCUUCAUUCAAGCCUGGCUCUCCUCCUCCUUAGGGAAUUGGAAGGCUGAGAGCCCCUAGGUUGAAUAGAAUGGGGAACUAGGCUUGGAGACGUUGGGUGACCUGCAGGAGCUGAGCUCCCUGGGCCUCAGUUUCCUCUUCUGCAAAAUGAACUAUAAUAACUGGGACUCUGUGGUGGUGAACUUGUUGCAGCUGUUCUCGUCAUCUCCCAGCUCAUUUAAGACCUUGCCCUUGAACCCCAUAUCUCUGUGGUGCUGCUUGGGUGUGGGUAACUCCAGGCCUGGGGAUGGGGUGAUGGGAACAGACCCCAGCCAAGGAAUGGGCCACCUGGCUGCUCUCUGAUGGGAUCCCCUGAGUGCCGAGGAUGCAGGUGCAGGGGUCAGGGUUGACCAUCCUGGAUUUCCAGGUGGCCAGGGCCAGUCUGGGGACAGAUUGGCAGUGGGAGUGUAGUAGAAAGCUUUCCUUCCUGCCCCCCAGAACCCAGAGGAAUUGGCUUGGCCAUUACCCACUGCAGGACCAAGGAUGGUGGAAAGAGCCAUGCAAAGAGCCCCAGAACCAACCACCAGGACACUUGGGCUCUCUUUUGACCUAGGGCUUCAAUUUCCCUACCUGCAAGGGCUCUACUGACUUCACAGGGCUGGCCGAGGUACUAGUUGUGGAGGAGCCUGUGGACCUGAUUUAGCCUGUGAUUAAA